UAUCAACAUGUUGAAAUCCUUGCUUCUUGUUUUGUUGUCUAUUGCUAAUACAGCCUUAGCACAAAACUAUUUCUAUGGUUUAAACUACGGUAUUGAUCAAAACAACUGUCCUGGCUACGACAAGAUCAAGGCGGAUUUUACCAAGAUCAAGGAGUAUACUAAUCGUGUCCGUACUUUCUCUCUCUCUGUUUGUAACCAAGGUGCUCUUGCAUUACAGGCUGCCAACGAACUUGACAUGAACAUCUACUUGGGUAUGUGGAUUGAUCGUCCUGACACUUUCAAUAAUGAGAUGAACGCACUCAAGGGCAUUCUCGGUAGCCAAUUGUCUCUUGGCAAGGUUGAUGGUCUUAUUGUUGGUUCUGAAGUUCUUUAUCGUAAAGACACUGAUGAAAACAGCUUGGCAAACUACAUUGAUCAAGUCGGUCAAAUGGUCCGUCCUAAAGGAGUUAAAGUAACAACCGCUGAUGUUUACUACGAAUUCCCUCCUGUUGUUGUUGACAAGAUUGACUUUUUAAUGAUGAAUGCUUUUCCAUAUUGGGAAGGAGUCACUGCCGAUCAAGGCGCAACUACCUUGUUGCAACAUUAUGAAACAGUGGUUACAAAAGCCAAUGGCAAACCUGUUCGUAUUACUGAAACAGGCUGGCCUUCUAAUGGUGAUAACUUUGGUGCCUCUAUUGCUUCUCCCGAGAACCAGCGAUUGUAUCUCUCUAAUGUCUUGUGCCAAACCAGAAACAAGGGUAUUGAUUUGAUCUGGUUCUCUGCCUUUGAUGAACCUUACAAGGCAGGUGUCGAAGCUUAUUGGGGUCUUAUGAACUCUGAACAAAACCUCAAGGCUAACUUGACCACUUCUCUUCUUGCCAACCCUACAUGUUAAACAAAAUAAAACAAAAAUAUAUCUUCAUGAUGGAUUUA